UGCCGAGGCCAAAACCCCCCGCACCACCUUCCCCUGCCGCUGCCGCGCACUCCAUUCCCAUCGCACCACUCCCCUCCCCUUUCCAUCCCCUCCACGAAACCCACUCGCUUUUUCGAGCAAAUCCUCUCUCACGCUGACGUCCCCGCCGUUGCCCUCUAGCUAGCGCCCAUCCUGCUCGCGGUCAGGCCUCGGCUUGGCUCGUCACCAACCUUGGAACGCUCCCUGCAGCAGGCUCGCCCAGCGCAAUGGCAGGCGGCAAUGGCGCUUGUGCCGCCGCCGGCCGUCUCGUCCUGUCCCUCGUCGGCCUGCUUGUCGUGCCGCUGCUCGUGGCCGGCGAGGACCCGUACCGGUUCUUCACGUGGACAGUGACCUACGGCGACAUCUACCCGCUCGGCGUCAAGCAGCAGGGGAUCCUGAUCAACAACCAGUUCCCGGGGCCGCAGAUCGAGGCGGUCACCAACGACAACCUCAUCAUCAACGUCUUCAACAAGCUCAACGAGCCGUUCCUCCUCUCCUGGAGCGGCCUCCAGCAGCGGCGGAACUCGUUCGAGGACGGCGUGGCCGGCACGACGUGCCCGAUCCCGCCGGGCGCCAACUUCACCUACAUCCUGCAGGCCAAGGACCAGAUCGGCACCUACUACUACUUCCCCUCGCUCGCCUUCCACAAGGCCGCCGGCGGCUUCGGCAGCAUCCGCGUCCUCAGCCGCCCCCAGAUCCCCGUCCCAUUCCCGCCGCCCGCCGCCGACUACACCGCCCUCAUCGGCGACUGGUACAGGGCCAACCACACCGACCUGAGGUACGUUCUUGACAGCGGCAAGGCGCUCGGCUUCCCUGACGGCCUGCUCAUCAACGGCCGGGGCCCCAACGGCUACACCUUCACCGUCCAGCCCGGCAAGACGUACCGCUUCAGGAUCACCAACGUGGGCCUGGCCACCUCCCUCAACAUCCGGUUCCAGGGUCACACCAUGAAGCUCGUCGAGGUGGAGGGCUCCCACACCAUGCAGACCACCUACUCGUCCCUCGACGUGCACCUCGGCCAGUCCUACUCCGUGCUCCUCACCGCCGACCAGCCCGGCUUCGACUACGCCAUCGUCGUCUCCACGCGCUUCACCACCAGGAUCAUCUCCACCACCGCCGUCCUGCACUACGCCAACUCCGCCGGCAAGGCGCCCGGGCCCCUCCCCGGAGGCCCCACCAUCCAGAUCGACUGGUCACUCAACCAGGCCCGCUCGAUCAGGUGGAACCUGACGGCGAGCGGGCCGCGGCCGAACCCGCAGGGCUCGUACCACUACGGCCUGGUGCCGGUAACCCGGACCAUCCGCCUGGCCAACUCGGCGGCGACCAUCAACGGGAAGCAGAGGUACGCGGUGAACAGCGUGUCGUACGUGAACCCGGACACCCCGCUCAAGGUCGCCGACUACUACAAGAUCGGCGGCGUCUUCUCGGUGGGCACCAUCGCCGACAACCCGAGCUACGGCGGCGCCUACCUCCAGACGUCGGUCAUGGGGGCCAACUACAGGGAUUACGUCGAGAUCGUCUUCGAGAACAGCGAGGACGAGGUGCAGUCGUGGCACAUCGACGGCUACGCCUUCUGGGUCGUCGGAAUGGAUGGAGGAAAAUGGUCGGCGGCGAGCAGGCAGGGCUACAACCUGAGGGAUGGCGUCUCCCGGUACACUGUUCAGGUUUACCCCAGGUCAUGGACGGCGAUCUACAUGCCCCUGGACAACGUGGGCAUGUGGAACGUCCGGUCCGAGAGCUGGGCCAGGCAGUACCUGGGGCAGCAGUUCUACCUCCGCGUCUGGACGCCGUCGACGUCGUUGCGCGACGAGUUCCCGAUCCCCAAGAACGCGCUCCUCUGCGGCCGGGCGGCCGGCCGCCGGACCAGGCCGCUCUGACCCGCGCCGGCGGCGGCGGACCGGAGCUUGUCAUGAGAGGAUGACAUGCAUACACAUUGGUUGGUCUGGAGAGAGCGUAGGCACAGAAGAUUUACUUAGUCUGAAGAAUUAAGGGCUCGAAGAAGAGUGUGACCUGAAUGAAGGUCUGAAAUGUUGCCGUAAAGCACAUGCCAAUUACAGUCAGAUUAGACCGUGUAAUACUACUGUUAUAGUGUUGGGUUUUGUCUGCAUUUUGCUUGAGUGAUUCCUUUGUACAACGCAAUUGUCCUUAGUGAGGGGUAACAUGGGUACAAACGACAUGUUCUGUAGCAUGCAUGUUGCUACACUGAUCAGAUUCUUAAUAAAGUAUCAUAUGCUUGGAUCA